GCCAGUGAAACUUUGCAAGCACACGGCUAUGUCUCUGUAGGAGCUACGCUCUGCUCCACUCAGGAGAUACAACCUAGAUACAUGGCGUUGUCACAUGGUCAUGGCGCAUUCGUUCGUCUGAGCGAACGCUAUCCGCUACAGCUGCAACCCACAGGAAGCUUCUUUACUGAAUAACAUAAGAGUCAUCUCUGUCCCCGACUCCAUACAAUUUCCUAUUGCAAAUCAACCAAUCUGCCACUAGAACCAUGUGCCUGCCCCCUGUCCUCUGGUCUCUUGUCCUUAUCGCUGUGGCCUGUUGUGCUUCGGGCCACAAAAAGCAUUCUGCAUGGUCAGGAUGGGGUGCCAACAUCUUCAACAACCGAUGGGCUACCAGCAACUCAUCUAUAAGUCACUCUAAUGCUGGCACACUCGACGAAAGCUGUUUUGUGCAAUUCCCUAAUGGCGUCAGUGCACCACCAGCAAUUUCUGGAGACAUGGCAUACUUCCCAACCUGGAAUGGCCGAUUUGUCGCCGUUGACUACAAAACUUGUCAGGUUCAUUGGAACAUUAGCGUCGCUGACAUUGUUACCGAUUAUGCUCCCCUGACGGCUUUGCAAGUAAACUACACCAGAGUUGCCUCAAGAUCUACUCCUCAGAUCGAUGGCUCGGUACUUUACUUUACCACACUUGCACACGCGCUUGUGGUUGCCGUAGAUCGUGGGACCGGAGCACACUUAGCGUCCAUCCAGAUCAAUCCUCACGAACUCGCAUCACUCACAAUGAUUCCUACUUUCUACAAAGGCAAGCUUUUCAUUGGUUCAUCUAGCCAGGAAGAAUUUGCCGCGGGAUUUACUCCAGGUUACGUGUGCUGUUCGUUCGUCGGCAAUAUGGCUGCCGUGGGAUAUGACAAGAGUGCACGGCAAUUCAAGACAGUGUUAAAGUCAGCAUGAUUACUGCCGGAUCGACACUGCCCGGAUGGUCGGGAAAUGCUAUCUGGGGCUCG